AUGGAGAGAUUAGAUGAACCUGUUCAACUAUUAGAAGGAAUAACCAUUAGUGAUUUCCUGAAAUCACCUGUAGAAUUUAGCUUGAAUGUUGAACACAAUAAGUUGAAAAAUUUAGAGGAUGAUGAUGAUUUUGAUGAUAUUUUUGAAAGUGAGAGUUCCAGUGAUUCUGAAGACAUUGUGCAGAUAUUAGAAGAAUCAACAACAAAAAUGUUUCUGUCAUGCCCGGAAUACCAUUCAUUUAAGGAUUUAGCUACAAAGAUGAUAGAUUGUGUAUCAUCUGGAGAUGUUAAAAUGCUUAUCUUGGAAGAAGGUGAGGGACCAUUAGUGCCUGUAGAUGCAGAAGUGUCAAUACAUUAUGCUGCAUAUUGGGAAAAAGCAAAGAUACCCUUUGACUCAACUAUUACUAUGAAUCGUGGGGAACCAAAGGUAGUAAGACUAUCAAAAGAUGGCAUAAUACCCGGCUUGGAGAUAGGCUUGACAGCUGUGAAAGGGCCUACAGCCCGUUUUCUACUAUUGAUACAGCCUGCUCUAGCGUGGGGCCCUAAAGGGAUUUUACCACGAAUAAAGCCCGAACCGGCGCUUUUCGUCGUAAACUUACUUUCUGUCAAUGAUAUUCAGGCUCCGAUACGUUUCAACGAUUUACCAUUAGAGGAACAAAGAAAAUAUGAAGUCACUAUAAGAACAGUUACAUCUCUUCACACCCAAGCAAAAAACGAUUAUGCUAAGAAAAAAUUUAAUAAGUGUAUAAAACAUUAUCAACAAUCCAUCUGUGUUCUAAAUUUAUCCGUGGUUAAGAACAGCGAAGAAGAAGCCGAAAUACGUAGACUAAAGGUCAAUACAUUCAUUAAUUUGGCCGUCUGCUAUUAUAAAACCAAUAAACCAAAAAAUAUUAUAAAAAUGUGUGAAAGCAUAGACUAUAUUUCAGAUAUAGAUAAGCAUUGCAAAGCGUUAUUUUAUUUUGGGAGAGCAUAUGAGAUGUUAGGUAAUAUGGAUAACGCCUUAAAAUACUACGAAAAAGCUUUAAAUUUAGAACCUAAAAACCGGGAGAUUGGCAAAGCGCUGCAUAAUUUAGAUAAAUACAAUAAAAACUCCGCAGUGAGUGAGAAGGCGUUCUGUCAAAAUGUAUUCAAGGUCGCGCCUGCAAAAAAAGUUUAUGACGUUGACAUUGACUUCCAGAAUACAGUGCGUGACAUGUGUCAAAAUUUGGCGGGAACGGAGAGUUUUACGAAAUUCGAAUUACCGAAUAAUUUUAGGAGUGCAGAAUUAGAAUUUAUGAAGGAUCUGUGUUCGGAAUUCAAAGAUAUGUUUGUACAAGUGGAUGGUGAGGGAAAGAAGAAAAAAAUCUAUGUUAUAAAGAAGGGAUGUGUAUAA